AUGGACGAUAAACGCAGUAGACCCAGUGUGUCUGAGGAGAGCCAGAUUUCAGUGGUCCAGUGUAAAUCGCUAAAGAAGACCAGAGUCAAAAAAACGGGAAUUGUGAAUGAUGACGGUGGAUGGGAGCAAUUUCACAAUGAUAUCCACAUUUCCCAUUACCAAUCGGGAGUCGACGAGAUCCAGAAAGAGUUGCGCUUUAAACAUCCAGAUGGUCGAUGGGAGACCAUAGUGGACGGUGAUCGACAGGAAUGGGCGUUUGAGGAAUUCAAAGAUGAACGCCAGUGA